ACAAGUGCUCGCAGAAGGCGAGAGCACACCAAGUCCAGAUUAGGCUGUAUCAGCUGUAAGAAGAGGAAAGUCAAGUACGAUUAUCUCAUGCAUGGCAUGCUCGCGAUAGCUGGUUCCCAUCUCGAUAUGUUCAGUGACGAUCCAGGGAAUCAUAGAGCAUUACUGUAUCGCCAAAAAGCCAUAGUAGGCCUGGAAGAGGCAUUCACAAGAUGGCCUACCUCCGCAGAUGAGGCUCACGUUAUGCUUGCCACUUCUUACCUGCUUGCUUUUCAGUCAUCAUACUUAGCCGAUGGACUCCUUGACCAUAUACUUUCCUUGCGGGGAUGCGCUCUGCUCUCUCAGCUGAUUCUCACCAAUCAAAUCAAGGGCGUUUUCACGAUAGACACAGGGAUGUAUGGGGCAUGGCUGGAGUGGAGAAUGGAGAGCUUUCCAGUCUUCGAUCAGGAACUUGCGCGCGAGGCUUUGCGAUCUCUCGCCCAAUUCGCACCAUUCCUAGCAUCUUCGAAAGCUCAAGCCAUUGAGCGUGCCAUGGUUGCUCAACUAGUGGAGAUACUUCGGCCACUACUAGUUUCCACGGACCUAGAGACUCGUCCAGAAAACGCACAACCAGCUGCACCUGAGUCCAAUGCACUUUCACAACCGCCACAGGACGAACACAUCUCGACCAGCUUCCCAAAGGCUGCCACAAACCCCCUCUUCCCAGCCAGACUAGCUCUCAACUUCGAGGACAUCACCUCCUGGAAAACCAUCGCGGAAGUACCACUCAACCCAAACCCCGACCCACGCCGCAGUUUCAAAGCCCUCAUGCUCAGCCUCGUCAUCCUGACCACUUGGCCCCGCGCGCAAGUCCUCGCGCUAUUCUCCCCAACAAGGACCCUAGGCAGCGUCCUCAUCGCGCACUUCUGCUGCGUGCGCUUCAUCACCUCGCCCCUGUGGGCGCCGGAGGCUGCCAUGCGGACUACGCCCAUGCGAGCGAUGGUAGAGUGGUGCGAGAAAGUGGUUGAGGCGGUGGCGGAUGAUGGCGAGGUAGAGUGGACGCGGUUUGUGCGGUGGCCGCGGGCGAUACUACGAACAAUGCGGUGUUUGCUGGAUCAGAGGCGUGGUCUGACGUUGGGCAUGUUGCAUGAGGCGCUGCGUAGAGAUCCGGGGGCUUUUCGGGAGGGGAGGGCUGUGAGGCUGUGA